GUACACCACGGCACACCCUCCCAGACACCGGUCCCGCCCAGACGUCAGAUUUCACGGCAGAGUGUUCGCACUUGGUAAUCGCUAAACAGUUGUGUUCAUACAGUCAUACGGGUUUCAGUUGUCCUGUCACCGUCCAAGAAGGCACACCUCCAACGUCAGUCUUGUCGCCAUCGUCGUAGUCGUUGGAAUUACCAAACAAAAAUGAGUUCUCCAUCAUUAAAAGAUUUGCCAAAGGUAGCAUUCGACCUUAAAAAUCAACUUGAGGGGUUCAAUCCUGACAAUAUGAAAAAAGCCGAUACUAAUGAAAAAAUUAUUCUUCCUACUGCUGAAGACGUGAAACGCGAACGCCAACAUAAUGAUCUCAUCCAUGGUGUCAAUAAUUUUAGCGCAGACAAGCUAAAAAGAACAGAUACUCUAGAAAAAGUAAUAUUGCCAAACGCUCAAGAUGUAGCUACAGAAAAAAGCCAAAAAGCUUUCACUGAAGCACUUAUUGAAGGCGUUGGUGGGUUUGAUACUAAUAAAUUGAAACACACUGAAACACAAGAAAAAAAUCCACUUCCUGAUAAGGCUGUGAUUGAAGCCGAAAAAGAACAACAACAAUUAAUUGCUGGUAUUGAAAACUUUGAUCCUGCAAAGUUGAAACCCACUGUAACUGAAGAAAAAAACCCAUUGCCCACUAAAGAAGUUAUUGCCGAAGAGAAAAAAGCCUAAGCAUUAACAUUCCUAAUGGUUCCUCAAUGGGAUGGAUAAAUUAUUAUAUUAAUUAUACUUUUACAUUUGUAUCGUCUUUUGAGUUGGAAAAAAAUGUAUGGAAAUGUGAACAUUUUACAUAUUAUGCAUAUACUAUAGAUGGUCGUUUUUAAUUAAGAAUCUCUAAACCAAUUCUGUCUUGAUAUAUUAACUUUUAAGUUUAAUAUAUAAUAUAUGUAUUUAUUUUGCA